AUGAAAAUCAGUUCUCACUUGAACAACAACUCGACUAACCGUCUCCACUCUUCACUUGCACAAAUCUUCAUGCAACCAAUCAACGUCAUGCUCGCUGUUCUUCUCGCCUUGGCUUCAUUUGCUCAAGGAGGCAGAUCUGUUGCUCCGGCUGGUGCAGUCACUGAACCAACAGUUACUCAAGCUGUUCCAGAAGGAUCAGGACUUAGUUCAGAUGUCACUGAUCGUCCAAACAUCGACUCCACUGAUGUUGUAUCAAAUGCAACUUCGGUGGAAGAUUUGCUUGGAAGUUCAACAAAUGCAAACAACACUGGUACAUUCAACUCUAGGACCUUUGUAAUUGCUCCAAUGAUGAUUCUUGCUUUGGUGCAGUGA